UGCCGUCUCAUCGCGCAAAGGCACCGAAACCGAACACACACGCACGUCGAAGCUCGAAGUCGAAUAGCUGUGAGAGCGAGAGAAGCCACCAGUGGAUACUACGAGAGUGUGAUUUUAUUUAUAAAAUUUCGCCAGCUCGCAAAAACACGAACUUUGAACUCACCUGCAGCUCGGUAAUAGUAGUGCGUGGCAAGCCAUUAUCAUCGUGUACCAUUUGCAAGCGACUGCGGUCAGUUAGUCGUGUAAUAUCUAAAAAAAAAACAGAUAAAAAUAAUUCAUCAAGAUGAGUCUUCAGUGGACACUUAUUGCUAGUUUUUUGUACACUGAAAUAUUGGUUGUACUUUUAUUGGUACUGCCAAUAGCUUCUCCACAAAGAUGGCAAAAACUAUUCAAAUCAAGGUUCCUACAAAGUUUGGGUCAGCAGGCAUCAAUUUACUUCCUAGUUUUAUUAGCAAUACUAGUUUUGUUUUUGCUUGAUGCGAUACGCGAGAUCAGAAAAUAUUCCAGCCCUGAGCUGCAUGAUCAUGCACACAACCAUUUGGACACUGAAAUGCAAGGAAACAUGAGGCUGUUCCGUGCACAAAGAAAUUUUUACAUUUCUGGAUUUUCUCUCUUUCUCAGUCUUGUGAUUAGACGCCUUGUUCUUUUAAUCUCAACUCAGGCAACCCUUAUGGCUCAAAAUGAAGCAUCCAUGAAGCAAGCUCAAUCAGCUACAUCUGCUGCUAGAAAUCUUUUACAAAAAUCUGGUGAAAGUGCUCAAAAUGAUUCCAAUGAAGUACAUGACAAAGUUGUUAAUGAAUUGAAAUCUCAAAUCAAAGAGUUGGAGGCUGAGAAAUUAAAAUUAGAAAAUCAGUUAUCAAAAGAAAAGAAGGAUAAAUCUGCUGUGAAAUCUCAGGCUGAUUCAUUGGCUAAGGAAUAUGACAGAUUGAAUGAAGAGCAUGCUAAAAUGCUAGCUGCAGGCGGUGAUAAAAAAAGCGACUGAUAUGUUAAUUGUUAAUAUUUUUUUUUUGUGAUUCAACUAGUUUCUGGAUCAAUUCCUUUUAAUUAUCUGCAGUAAAGUGUUUUAUAAUGUAUAGUUUCUUCAUUUGUAUUGUUACUUAUGGUAAUACUUAAUCACAUCUGAAAGCUUCUCUGAAGUUGUAUUUAUUGACCUCAAAGUCAAUAAUUUCUUUGUUAAUCAAAUGUUUUUUAAGAGUAUGGAAAUGGUUUUUUUUGAGAAGAUGAUAAUAAAUUUGUUUUUCUAAUAAUGAUAAA